UUGCGACGUCCGACGUCUCCCGGUAGGUUCAUUCGUAUCGUACAGUACAUAUACGUUUCCCAGUCUCUAUACCUAGUUGUCUUCGUCCUCUAUUCUGUUCCAUAAUAUACUCCUCCUUCGUUGAAAUCCCGAUACCCAAUCCCACCAUGACUGCCUCCCACGUGGUGGACUCUCCCAAAUGGACGAUCAUUGUCCGAGGCCUCCAGGUCGUCUUAGCUGUUGCGAUCUUGGGCAUGUCGGCAUAUGGAAUCUACUGGGUUGCGUUCGGAGCGUUUAUCCUGUCUCUUAUCACUAGUCUGGGAACAUUCAUCAUCGUAGGAUACUCGGUCGCUACGUCGAGAAUCGCAUCCCUCCACUCUGCCUACAACUACUGGGCCGUCCUCGCGCUCGACAUCCUCGCCGCUAUCUUCUGGCUCGCCUCCAUGGCCGAUCUCGCAGCCACUAGGACAUCCUUCAAGUACCCGACCACGAUAAACGGAUGCGUGAACUACGGCUACGGCGGAAUCUGCUACCGGAAGCGCGACCUCGAAAAGCGCGCUGUGGCUACAUAUGGCUAUCUCGACAUGAUGAGCGCUUGCGCUGGUCUCUCCGCCUUGAACAUGUCAGUCUUCCCCACAUAA